UUCCCUUCCCUGCACUGCUGGUUCUGACUCCUGAUACAACUCCCCAAUAUCCAUUCAGACUCCAUAUCACAGAGACAUUGCCCAAAGGCUGUACAGAUUGGGGAUAGUUGCCCGAGGCUCCGGGAUAGGGAAAGUUCCAUUUUAUGCAUUAUUCGGAGUCUGAAACUUUCCAGGUUCUUUUGUUUUACUGGAAACCAGUUGAAUCCUAUGGGACAGACACUGGUACCUCCUCGGGGACAGAUCUAGGGCUUCUUCCAGCCCGUCCCUUUAUAGAUCCUGGAGGGUCUUUAUCCCAGAAUCCCAGCCGGACUCCCCCAGGUGAUCGGUGAAUGGGGGGACAGCGGUGUGGGGUCAGGUGGGAUAAAUUCCAUAUGAUGUCAGGGAAAGCCCUGUAUCCAAUUGGAAGAGGGAAGGGGGGGGGGGGGCUUUCCCCCUGGCAUGUGGGGGAUGGGAUCCCCGUGAACCGCCUGUCACUUUCACAUCAAUGUAUAUUUCAGAUUGCACGAGCAAAGUGCAAAGCGGCCAUUUCCCUAGUGCACCGAGCCUGCCUGUCCCCUUGUGGGAUUUAAAGGGUCCCAGCGAGGAAAUUUAACCUCUUCAUGUCUGUCUUUAAUGGACUCCUCUCCCUUGGAGUAGCCGUGAUUGCACAGAGUCAUUAGCUUGCGUGUAGGAAUCAGCCUUCCCCUGCAGAACUGCAACUCCCAGCAUCCUCGGCCAAGCGUCCGUCUCUUCUCUAUGUCGGAAUUCCAUUGAAGCCCCGGCUAUAGGAGCGGCGGAGGGGAGAGAACGCACGGAACUCAUUUAUUCACCAUUGCACCGCGGGAGAGUCGCCGCCACCGGGGCUGCCAGACCAUGUGGAAAGUCAGCUGCUUGGUAACGGGAUACCUUCUCAUCCUGGCAGUGGGCGGCGCCGCCGAGCAUUUGUACCGGACAGGGCGCAGGAUCUGCUCGGCAGCCGGGCACGCUGGCACCGUGUCUGUUACCCAGUCCUUUGUGCAGCCUGUGCAUAGCCCUAUCGUCACGCUCUGCGACGGGCAUAGGAUCUGCAGCACCUACAGAACCACCUACAAGGUUUCGUACCGGCAAGUCUCCCGGAAAACGUCCCUUCCCCUUUACUCUUGCUGCCCCGGUUGGCGGAAGAUCGAGGCUCACACCCACAGCUGCGGCCAAGCCGGGUGUCGACUGCCGUGCCGGAACGGAGGGACGUGCGUCGCUUCUAAUAAGUGUGAAUGUUCUGCCGGAUGGAGAGGGAUUUAUUGCCAGACAGAUGUGGACGAGUGCAGCGACGGCAGCCAUCAAUGUGCCCAACUGUGCGUCAACUCUGCCGGAAGCUACCAUUGCGGCUGCCUGGGGGGGUACCGGCUAAUGGCGGAUGGGAAGAGCUGUGAUCUUGUGCCAAAGCCGACAGUGCCCCCUGCCUCUCCCCCAUCAGUACAUGAACAAGGCCUUCCACAUUCUGUCAGGGAAGAAAUGGCAGAACUCCGGAACAAAAUAGAAGUUCUAGAGCAGAAGCUUCACUUGCUGCUGACUCCGUUCCAGAGUUUAACCACCACCUCCCCGGACGCUCGCGCCGAUCCCAUCGCUUUACUGACGCACUCCCUCCAGCAGCUGGAUCGGAUAGAUUCGCUCAGCGAACAGAUCUCCUUCCUGGAAGAAAGGCUGGAGACAUGUUCAUGCAAGACUGAGCUGUAAUUGGCAGCCCGUCUCCCCCCCCCAUGGACCCCCACUGAUGUACUGCGCUUGGGAGAUAUAAGGAAUGCGGGGGCUUCUCUCUAUCAGCAUUCCCAGGACGGACUCCAUAAUCCCACGGCUGCGCUGCUGUGUCAUACAGUGUGACAGGUACCCUCCCCGCCAGCGAGGCUGACACUUCUCCCUCUGCCAACCACCCACACUGCCGGCACCCAAAUGCCCCCCGAUAUGGGUACAGAGACUGAACAUGGCGGAUAUUAAGAGUCAAUCUAUGCCCCUUAUUAUUAUCAUAUAAGUCAUGUUUAAUUGGUGAUCCAAACAAGGGUUAAUGUAUACAGGCGCAUUUAAUUACACUAGGGGGCACUAUUUUGGGCAUGAUUAAUAUAGGAAAUAGCUGGUAGAAUAGGCAUUAUUAUCCUAUAUAUCCAUAACAAUCCCGGGGGGUGUCUCUCCCCAGAAAUGACUCUCUACAGUCGCCAUUGAAACAUUGGCGGGGCUCAGCCCACAAGCAGCAGGGGGGAAACGCCUAGCGACCAUUGUUUACAUUUUACCAAAUAAGCUUCUUAAACUCUGUUGGUGCAACAGGGGGUGCAGAGUUGUUGAGCCCCCCUGUCCCGAUCUAAUGUACAGUGUAAAGCACUGGGGCUGCCGUACGGCGCCGCGUCAUUGGCUGUUGUGAAUGCUGGGACAUUCGGCACGACGGCUACUGGUUGCUGUCCCAUAGGAUCCAAUGGAAGCACUAGAUUGCUAUGGGUAUAUGUAUAUAGCACACAGCCAGUCUGUAUAUGGUACCAGCAGCCUCCUGAUUGGCUACAUUUUGUACUGUUUUAUCUUAUCGGAUUCACAAGUGUGUGUUUAUAUGUUUGAAUUCACAAUAAAAUAACGUGAAGAAACCA